UGACAAAUCGGACAAAAGUUGUAAUAGCAAUUGUUAAUGCUUAAACAAUAUCGUAUACAUAGUAUAAAAAUAUAAACCGGGGAAGAACUAAUAAAUAAAAUAAUAUAAAACCUAAUAUGAUACCAGCUCAAUGUACUAUAGCCACAAGCUUCGUCAUAGAAUGCGUCGGUAAUGACGUGACGCCAGUAAAAACACUUCCUUCUACUCUCGCAAAGGUUUCACCGUUGAUACAAAUGACAGACAUGAACCCUGCAGUUUUUAAAGUUUAAUAGAUAAUCAAGCAGAAACAUUAAAGAUGUCUGAUUCGAGGAGAAGGUCUAGAGGGAGUCAAGAGGAGUCAGCGGGAACAUCCAAUGGAUUGGGUGGGCGGAACAGGUCAGAGAGAGCUUGUGAUAUGGGUGAUGAAGAUGAUAUUGGUGCCGGACCCUCAGGUAUUAGUGAGGAAGAUGAUGAUCCAACACGCAGGAGAGAGAUCAGGAGCAAGUACAGGGAUCUGAUCAAUCAAGUCCAGCAAAAUCGUGAGGACAUGCUGAACCCAGCUAACAAUAAACUCACGGAUGUUUUAGAAGAGGCCAACAAACUUUUUGCCAAUGUGAGGCAGGCUCGUGAAGCAGCGCUGGAUGCUCAACUCCUGGUACUAGCCACUGAUCUAGGGAAGGAAAAGGCCAGCCAGCUACAUGCUGAAGGCUCUGCGUUUGACCCGUCUGCAUUUGCAGAACAUUUGUUGUCCUUCAUGGGUCUGAAUCGUUUGGAAGAUGAAAGUGGUCAGGAUGGGAACUUGGAGGGAUAUUUACCACAAAGCGCCUGGCAGAGGCUUGCAAAGAGAUCCGAGUACUGCUUCAAAACAGCCCCCUCAUUCCACUACAUGUUGGGCUCGUUUCUGGCAGAGCCUCCUCCGCCACGGCAGAGAGUUGAAAGACAAAGGAAAGCACCCAGCAAAGAGGCCAAACGAAUGAUGCCCACCCAGCUGAAGAAAAUGGAAGAAUCUCACCAGGAGGCGACAGAGAAAGAGGUUGAAAGAAUUCUUGGAUGUCUGCAAAAAUACUUUGCUGAUGACCCUGAGGAACCCAUUUCAUAUUUUGAGUUCGUCAUUGACCCCAACUCCUUCUCCCGGACUGUGGAGAACAUCUUCCACACGUCUUUUCUCAUAAGGGAUGGUCUGGUGAAAAUGAACUUGGAUAAGGAUGGGCUUCCUUGUAUAGCUCCAGUAGAGGAAGGAGAGGUAGAGCCUGGUGGAGCUGCUGUCCGACAUCAAUGUGUCGUCUCCAUCAACCAGGAAAGCUGGAGGGAAAUCAUCGAUGCCUUUGAUAUUAAGGGAGCCUUGAUCCCUGCUCCAGAGGUUUUGUCGCAGUAAAGCUAAGUUGGAGGAUAGUUAGCGGCAGCCGGCAAAAUAUUUGUAAAAUAAAAAAUACUGUUUUCUUCUUUUUAUAUUUUUAAUAUUUGGGAUCACAAUUUUAAGUUAUGCCUUUGAAUUCUGUAUAAAAUGUAAUAAUUGUGUCUAAUACAAUAAAUGUAAAGUGAACUUGCACUCAACAUUAUAUUGAGUGUUGGAUUCCAAGUAAAACUAAAGAAAUAUUUUAGUUUGAUGGAAACAGGCAAGGUUCAUAACUCUCCACUGUCUGUAAAUGUACAUAUCUGUUUUUUUUCCUCUGAAUUUGAAAUAUUCAGAGAAGCUGGUCAAUUGUGUGCAUAUAGACGGUGUCUGGAUGCUUGAAAAUGUCUCUCUGUUCACAUGGGAUCAAUAUUUCAUAAAACAGGUUUGCUUUGUAAACCAUUAUGUAAAGAUAUUCUAUUUGCAAGUCAAAUCUCCAUUUGCACAGCCCUCAUACUACAGAGUGUCCGCUUAUACUUAAUUUAACAAGGUACGGUAAUUUCCUUGAAUAUCAUUUUACUAUCUAAGCUAUUAAGCCUAACUUUGAUUGUGUGUAGAUAAGAAACUUAAUGCAGAUUAACUAAAUAUGUGCAUAGUGUUGUGUUUUUCGGGUUUUGUUUCAAUUUCUUAAUAGUAAUCAUUAAUCGGGUCACAAAAGUAUGUAGUAAGAAGAUGAACCUCAAUAUUUGCCAUAUCCUGACUUCCCUGUCAGUAAUUAUGUUCAGAUUACAGUUGAACACAACCACAUAGAGGUGAAAUAACGUUAUUAUUUAUUAUUACAAUUUUUUUAAUAAAGUUGAAUAUGUGUGAAUGUGAUUUAAAACUACUCUUUAAAAAUUCUUAAUGAAUACAUACUCUUGACUGCUGCCUCUAGUCAAGUAUAUAAAUAUUGCCAUAUGGCAAUAUUUGUAUUUUCUUGCGCUUUGUUGUCUGUUACAUGUUCAUAUAAAGUCUGUGUAAAAUGCUUAUGCAGGGAGGCGAUAGAGAGCUGUCCAUGUGUGCAGUGGUGCGGCCCUCCAUAUGCACACAGAUUGGUCCAAGCUUGGAUUAACUGCCCUGUAGUUUGAUCCCACUGACAUCUGAAGCCUUUUGGAGGGAUCUGCCUGCUGUCAGAGUAACACUCAUGUUCACAAGACACUUCUUUAAGCUGCAGGGACUUUUAGGACAGUGUGGUGGUGUAAAUCUGCAUUCAGGUCAGUGGCUGAAGUUGUGAUUUUAGUGUAGUAUUGAUUUCUGUUGAUUUCUUACUGCAGUUUUUUUUUUU